UUCCAGCCAUAGACAUAUAUAUCUAUGCUUCCAGCGCCAUGUGAGUAAAAACCAAGCGACGUAAACGUGGUCAUUGAAAGUACACUAAAACAACUUUUUUUAAUUGGAUUAAGAAAACUUUAGAGGGGGAUAAAUCUUCGGUUUUGGAUUGAGCGUGGACUCGGGUUUUGGAAAGUAUGUUUAAUGAAGACGAGGACUGGAAUGAUGCUGCAGACCUUCUGAGUGAAAGGUCUCUGCAAAAGACGCCAAAUAACAGCGACAGCAUCAAUAUAAAUUCCAAAAGCGUUGGAAAGAAGAGUCUAUUGCGGACCCUGCAAACGCUGGGAUCAGUACCUGACUGGAAGGAUGAUGACGUCUGCCAUCUGCCUGACAGCGACAGCGAGGAUGAAGCCACCAGGCCUCACACGAAGAGGAAGAAGAAAAGAAGGAAAAGGACAAAACAAGGCACAACUACGGAAGAGCAGAACGACAACAUGGAUGUCAAGGAGAAGAAAAUUGCAACCAAAAUUAAAAAAACUGGGGUCCCAAAGGCUAAAAACACAACUGCAGGCAAGACAAAGAGCAAAGAGACUCCAAAAUUGGAAAAGCAAGCAGGCGACAUGCAGAAACUAAACCGGCAGCAGUGGAAAAACAAGAUGAAGAAUAAGAGGAAAUGCAAAAACAAAUACCAGCCUAAUAAUUGUGAAAAGGAAGUAGAGACAGCAAGUAAACCGUUGCAAACAACACGUUUAUGUGUCAGCAAAAACAAACAAUUUCACCAAGCGGAACUGCCGGAUGAGAAAAAGUCGAAGAAGCCACAAAAAAGGAAAAACACUGAGAAGGAAACAGAGACGAUACCAAAAAAAAGAGCCAACAAGAAGGGCGUCAUUGCCAAAUGUGAUGAAGUUGUCAUGAAUGGAUAUAAAAAGGAAGCGGAUAAAAUCGAGGUAAAACCCCAAAUGAGCAAAGCAGAGAUGCUGAAACGUGAGCAACUUCGGAAGAUUCUCCAGCGCCACGAAACGGAGAAAAAAGAAGAAGAAGAAGCAGCAGCGGUGGUGGUGGCGGCGUCAGAAAAGGUGACAGUGGCGGACGAGGGGGGAGAGAAACCGGACCGCUCCGCCUCCCUCCGCUCUCGCAUGGAGCAGCGCUUGGAGUCGGCUCGCUUCCGCUACAUCAACGAGGUCCUGUACAGCAGCACCAGCGGUGCGGCCGUGCGGAUGUUUCAGCAGGAUCCCGACGCCUUCUGGGUCUACCACCGGGGAUACACGGCGCAGGUGCAGAGGUGGCCCACCAACCCCGUGGACGCCAUCAUCGCGUACAUUCGCCAAAAAUCGUCCUCACUGGUGGUGGCUGACUUUGGCUGCGGCGACUGUAAGAUAGGACGCAGCGUCAAGAACAAAGUGCACAGCUUCGACCUGGCGGCGACCUGCGAUCUGGUCACUGUGUGCGACAUGGCCAACGUGCCGCUGAAGGACAGCUCGGUGGACAUUGCCGUCUUCUGCCUGUCGCUGAUGGGAACCAAUCUGGCGGAUUUCAUAGCGGAGGCCAACCGUGUCUUAAAGAAAGGGGGUGUGCUGAAAGUGGCCGAGGUGGCGAGCAGAUUCGAUGACGUCAGGAGCUUCCUCAGCGCAAUGGCCAAGUUGGGAUUCAAGAUGGCGUCCAAGGAUACAGCGAACACUCACUUCUACUCGUUUGAAUUCGUCAAGACGGGCAACGCUUCAGAAAACUUGAAGAAAAUAGGACUGCAGUUGAAGGCCUGCUUGUACAAGAAACGAUGAAACAGAUUUUUACUAAAAUUGACUUGUAAUUACAUAUUUUAUUUCUGUCAAUGUUUUAAUAAAAAAAAAAGCAAUAUAUUAAAAUACAAAC